CAGGGGGUUGGAGAUUCGUGAUCCUUGAGGUCCCUUCCAACCCGGGCCAUUGUGUGAUUCUGUGAAGGUAAUUUGGGAGAGGUGCACAGUGGGAUAGAGCUGGCUGUGCUCAGAAGGGAAGCUGGCACUUCCCCCUCCCUGCUGCUGGUUGUGUAGCCUUCAGUUUGUAGCUCUGACUAAACGUAGCUGUGUAUAGUGAGUGUCUGAAUGAGGUCUGCAUGUCUUUUUGUAUUUAAAAAGCAGAAAGCUUGAGUUCUACUAUUUUACUGAGAUGUCAUCUUCACUGAGGCAUUUCUUACUGCUUACAGCUGUUCACUGAAAUAUUGUUCACUAAUAAGUGCCAAAAAAAGACCAAAAAAAAAAAAACCAAAACUGAAUUUCAGUCAAGGCGAAAUUUUCGCUCUGUUGAAGCACCAGGAUUUUCCAGGGGAAGAGCAGGGUUUCAUCUUUUAUGUGGUCCUUGAAACUGAAAGAUGCCAAAUAGCAGAAGGGCAUCAGGUAACAGCAGGGUUUUUUCUUGCUAAACACAGAAUGCUGAUGAGAAAAAAAACAAAGACCAUUAGUUAGAUAUAUAUAUUUUUUCUCUUUAUUUCUUUUCUCCUCCUUGAAACUCCCAUUCUUACUUCUUGAACUGAUGUUUUUGUUUUGUAUGCUUCGUGUAGAUGAAUGGACAGAUGUGGACAGGAAACGAGGGUUUUGAAGAGUGAACUCCAGGAGAGAUCUGAGGCCCUUCCAUGCAGCUGCUUACCCAUCCCUGCCAGUGGUCACCAUCCCUGCAGCAGAGUGACCACAAAGGAGCAUUUAUCCACGCUUCAGCCAGGCCCAUCUUGACGUGAGUGAUCACUGGAGAUGGUCUGAGCUCAGGUUUUGCAGGUUUUUGUGAUUUCCUUUUGUGAUUUCCUCUGCCUGCAAAUGGUGGGGGUCAGGGUGCAGUAAGCAGCUGGAUGAGAAAGUAAAUCUCUUAAAUGAUCCCAUUUUUUUUCUGUCAGGUGAACUGCACUGUCUUUAAGCAGCCCCCUUUUAAGAGAGAUCAGCCUUAUGAUUUGCUGUUUGUUUAUUUUCAAAGUAAGUCCUUACUGGGUUUUGAACAUUUACUGAAGGUAAACAGGAAUACCUUGGAUUUAUCCUCCACUUCUUCACUCCCAUUGCAUGCUGUUUGUAAGAACGUGCUUUUCCAGCAUUUAAUAUCUCAGAAGUGUAAAAGAUGCCGCGUUCCCCUCUUGUAUCACAUCCAAAACAGAGAUAAGUUUUAUAAGAUCCUGCCUUAUCAGAUUCGGAUGGUACAGGCACGAAAACUGAUCUCUUGUUGCCGAUUCAGCGUUUCCUGUGAGAGGAAAAAAAGCCCAGCCUGUGAGUCGUGCUCUCGGGAUGAUCUCUGAAACAUGGACACAGAACAGGCAGCAGAGCCCAUGGCUGCAGGUAAAGGCAGCAGCGAGGCACUGCCUGUGUCAGCUUUGUUAGGAGCUACAGAGCCCUGCAAACAGAUGUGUGACCGCCUCGGAUUCGUACCAUUCCCUUCACUGUCUUGAGUGUCCUUGGAGAAGCAUGAGCACAAUCCAGAUGUGCAGACUGCAGUCUCAUGCCAUGCAUACGAGCCGCGUCCCGUGACGGCACAGGAGGCUGAGAUGUGUCAGUGUGCAGCGACACGACAGAAACCGCUCUGAGCCUCGGCUUCUCCUCCGUCCAUUGCACUGUCUGUACCCGGUUUCCCUCUCCCCAUCCCGGUUGAUGAAAUCCCCCUCUGCUAAAUUGCUUCUCUGCUGUGUUGCUUGGCGUGCCGUUCCCCCUGAGCUACACUCCUUUCUGUUUUCUUUUCCAUUGUUAGAAUGGUGUAAGCACGUCCUUAGGGACUGCCUAUGCUCCGAGGUCUCUGUCAUUAUCCAGUGCACCUCGUGAGGUUUGCCCUUUGCUCUGAUAUUUGAUGUCUUUCUCAGUGAUUUUCGUAGCCAAUACAAGAGAUUUUAAUUUCAGAAGAUAAUCUUUAAGGCUUCUCCUGUGCUUAACACAGUUCUGAUUCCAUUCCAAGUAUCUUCCAGCUGCAGUGGCACACUGUGAGAUGUUUUGUCUCCUGACAGCGCUGGUUAUCAGUGACCCUCCUAAGAUGGAGAAGUCUUUGUGCAGACAACACGUGUGGGAAACUUCACCAAAAACUCUUCCUGAUUGCAGCCUAAGGCAGAAGUUCUUAUUUUUGUCCUAAUUGACUACAUGCAGAAUUGAAUGCAUAAUAAUACAUUGUAUUUGCUUUUCUCCACUGGAAGAAGGGAGGAUUUUUGCAUCACGCUGCACGCAGAGGUGGUUUUGUGGCCAAUUUAUCUGUGGAGGAGAAAGGAAUUAUUUUCCAUUGGUAAUGAGGCUUGUUUUUAAUCCACACUUCAGAAGGCACUCGCCCUCUAGAAACAGCUGUCAGCGUCCAGGUGCUCAGCAUCUCUGACAGACCUAGCAGUGUUCCCGAGGUAAUAAUCAUCUAAGAAAAGAUGAAGUGAGUGGUACAUUAACUUUGCUUUGCUUUUUCAUUGUUGCUUCCCCUGAGAUGUCCCUAAUCCAUAAGAAUUAGCUAUCAUUACAAGCUUCAGUAGCAGUGAUCUGCUUAGGGAAAUUCACGCUUGUACAAUAAUCUCUGUGAAUUGAAAUUGAUUUUUUUUUCAGUGUUUUUUGGUAGAGAAAUAAAUGCUUGUUUAUGGUGAUGCCGUAGAAUGUAUCAGAUUUGUGACAGAGGCGUGGGAUCCAGCAGGAAAGCUGGGCUGCUGUGUCUGCUUGAAUCACUGCAAAAAAGCUCUCUAUCUCCUUUGCACUGAAAGCUUAUGAAGCAGAGCACAGACCUCACACUGGGUGCUCCUGAUCCUCACCGAGUCUUCAUUAUGAAUGACAUCAUCACAACCAUGUUCAAUAAAAAAUUUAUGGAAGAGCUGUUUAAACCACAGGAACUCUAUUCCAAGAAAGCUCUGAGAACCGUGUAUGACCGGCUAGCUCAUGCUUCAAUCAUGAGACUGAACCAGGCCAGCAUGGAUAAGCUGUAUGAUCUCAUGACUAUGGCUUUCAAGUACCAAGUCCUGCUGUGUCCCCGGCCCAAAGACAUCCUGCUGGUCACGUUCAAUCACCUGGAUGCCAUCAAAGAUUUCAUCUGUGAUGCCCCUGGCAUUCUGAACCAAGUGGAUGAAACUUUCCGACAGCUGAUUGAGGUGUACGGCUGUCUCUCUGCUGGUGAAUUUCAGCUCAUCAGGCAAACGCUCCUCAUUUUUUUUCAGGACAUGCACAUAAGGGUCUCUAUCUUUCUGAAGGAUAAAGUGCAGAACUCGAAUGGUCGCUUUGUGCUGCCAAUAUCAGGCCCUGUUCCUUGGGGUACAGAAGUACCAGGAGUCAUCAGGAUGUUUAAUUGCAAUGGAGAUGAAGUUAAAAGAAGCGAGUUCACCACUGGUGGAAAUUAUGUCACUCCACAAAGGGAAGGAUCUUUUGAACUUUAUGGAGACAGAGUCCUCAAACUUGGAACAAACAUGUACAGUGUUAGUCGGCCAGCAGAGACACACACGUCAGGAUCAUCCAAAACCUUGGCUUCCAGUGCAAAGGAGAACGUAGCCCCGAAUCCUCUUGCUAAAGAAGAACUGAACUUCUUAGCCAGGCUGCUGGGAGGUCUGGAGAUCAAGAAACCUGGUGGCAGCGAGACGGGAUUUCGACUGAAUUUAUUCAUGACAGAUGAAGAGGAAGAGCAGGCGGCGCUGACGAGACCUGAGGAGUUAUCCUACAAGGUUGUGAACAUCGAAGCCACCGAGGAGCCGGCGCGGCGAGCGGAGCUGGAGCGAAUCCUGGGAGACCUGGAGGUGGCGGAGCCGUGCGCGGAGAGCUGCGGGAAGGGCGAGGAUCUGCUGGCGCUGAUGGACGGGCUGUGAGCCAUUAAAGGCGUUCUUCCCA